GGACAGAGGGGUGGCCCAGCCAGGCGGGCAGGGGCCAAAGAACCUGGAGGAGUGGGUGAGGUGAGGGGCCUCUGGCAGGGAGAAAAGCAGAGAAAUGCAACCAUUGUGACGGGCCCCUUGGGACAGCCCAAAUGCCCCUCUGCAGAUGGUGAAACUGAGGCCCAGGGAGGGUCUGUGAGCAGUGAGACCGAGCCCGAGGCCGGGAGAGGGGAUCCUGCCCACAGGAGGCUCUGCCAUGGACGGGGGGAGACCCUGCCCCCAGGAACUGAAGCAGCUCCAGCCUCCAAGGUGUCCUGGGGGGUGGGGGGUGGGAGGAGCACCUGGCUCUCCCGCCCAUGGUCCAGCACGAGUCACGGUUUCCUCUCCCAGGCUCACGGCUGAGCACCUGGCCCCAGUGGAAUGGGGUUUCACAGACGGCACCUGCCAUUCUCAUCACUGGGAAUGGAAUGUGAUUCCUGGGGCGUGUCAUUCCUGAGCUGCUCCCAGCUCAGGGACAGGGUGGAGCCAGGCCUAGGUCCCAAGUGUCAGAAUCAAAGUCCAGAGCUGCCCGCCUGGAGGUAGGCGGGACUGUCACCUGAUUAAGGGGCCCUCACGAUCUGGCCCGGGGCACCCUAAGCAGAUGAUUGGGCCUGUUCUCUGCUGAGCCGGCGCACCGAUGCUGCGGCCAUUGGGUUCAUGGGAAGUCUGCUCCGGGCCUGGCCUGGGCUGGACCCUGACCAGGGGUCCCAUGCAGACUUGGCUCUGCUGGGAGCCAGGGGCGUCCUCGCUCAGGUGAGACGCUGCAUUUGGGGGGAGGUGCCUUCCCAGGAAGACACAUCAAAUCUGGGCUAAAGGUUGGUUAGAAACCGCCAGGCACCCUGGCCUUCCGUGGCUCAGGGGAAGACCCUGAACUUGAACUUGGGAAAGGAGCCACGACCAAUGUUUUCUGGGCCUCAGGCCUUUCUCAGAACGAGGUGGCGCUGUGGUGCUCCCUGCAGGGAGCUCCCUGUGUGCACGUGCAGCCGGCCGGUCCCCACAGGAGAGGAGCCCUUUUUGCACCCGUGCUCCUCCGGUCCCAGGCGAAGCAGCCUCUCUCAGCCCCUGCCUGGCCGUCCCCCUCCCGGGGCACCGUGCACGGAGGCUCAAAGCAGGACGAUUUCAGUCUAGGACCAAGCCUUCUCCGCCCUAAGAGGAACCAAGAAACACAUUUGCAAAAGGAGAAGUGUGUCGCCGUGGCCCCCGGAUGAGCACCCCACCUCUGUCCCCUCUGGAGCCCCCUUUUCGCUGGAAAGCCACAAACAUUCCAAGCCCGGACUUCUACAGAAUCAUCUCAAGUUCUUCGAACGCCACCGGUCCAGGGAAGGAUGGGAGGAAGAGGUGGUGGGCGGGGCAAGGUCCCAGGGAGGCUAAAUAGGUCACCUCCACCCUGGGCUCCCAUCCCGGCUCCCCCAGCAGAGAGACCACACGCAGAGGCCUUCUCCCGGGCUCCAGCACCAUGACUCCGUGGAAGACGCUGCUCCUGCUCGCCCUCCUCCUGGGGGCUUCCCUGCAGGGCGCCCGUGCAGCUCGAGGGGUCAACGUGGGCCGGGAGUGCUGCGCGGAGUACUUCGAAGGGGCCAUCCCCGUGCGGAGGGUGGUGCGGUGGUACCGGACCUCGGAGGAGUGCACCAGGGAUGCCUUCGUGUUUGUAACUGUCCAGGGCAGGUCCAUCUGUGCGAACCCCGAGGAUGCCUCGGUGAAGAGGGCGAUCAAACACUUAAAAAAAAUCAUGAAGCUACGUCAGUCCAGCAUCAGGGAGUCCUGAUUUCUCCCUGGACCAUGUGGAAACUUCCGGUGCCUCCGUGUUUGCUGCCCCACCCCCCAGCUGCCUGCGUCCAGUGGGGGCCGUUCAAGUCUCUUCCCAGACCACCCUUUCCCCAACUGGAACCGGGGCAUGAAAGGGCCCAGAUUAAAGUCUU